CUCAUUCCCCCCUACUUCUACAUCUACUUCUACUUCUUUUUCUUGGUUCACCUCCGCUCUCUUUCUUGCUGGCUGGCUUUUUAUACCCCUCCGUCCCCUCCCCUCCCCUCCCCUCCCCUCCUCUCCUGCCAACUUUUCCAUAACUUAGCUAUUCAACAAUCGCAACAAUGGGCGCAAUAGAGAUCCCUCCUUUCGAAAAUACUCCGAUCGAGGAGAUUCAGUCCCGCGUCUCGACCGUGCGCAAGACUUUCAAUGCACACAAGACCCGCGAUGUGGAGUACCGGCUGGUCCAACUCCGCAAGCUAUACUGGGCUGUGAAGGACCAUCUCGAGGAAAUGCGCGAGGCGCUCCGACGGGACCUCAACCGACCGGAUUUCGAGACCGAGCUCGGCGACACCAACUGGGUCCUGAACGACAUCGUUUUCGUGUGCCGCAAUCUGCAGAAAUGGGUCAAGGAUGAGAAGGCGGAGAAUAUCGAUAUCACUUUCAAGUUCGUGAGCCCGAAGAUCCGGAAGGAUCCGUUGGGUUGUGUUUUGGUUAUUGGUCCAUUUAAUUACCCGUUCCAGUUGACUCUGGGUCCAGUGAUUGGUGCUAUCGCCGCCGGUUGUACUGUGGUGGUCAAGCCUAGUGAAAAGUCCUCCCACAGCGCAUCGGUGAUCCAGCGGAUUAUCGAGGCGGCGCUCGAUCCGGAGGCGUACACGGUGGUGCAGGGAGGAGUCCCCGAGACUCAGGCGCUCCUGGCGGAGCGGUGGGAUAAGAUCUUCUUCACCGGUAGUGCGAAUGUCGGCCGCAUCAUCUGCAAGGCAGCUGCGCCCCAUAUGACUCCCGUCGUGCUGGAGCUGGGCGGUCGCAACCCUGCGAUCAUCUCUAAGAACGCUGAUCCCAAGCUGGUCGCGCGUCGCAUGCUGUGGGGAAAAGUCACGAAUGCCGGACAAAUCUGUACGUCGCAGAACUAUAUGCUCGUGGAGAGACCCAUCCUGCCGGCGGUGGUGGAUGAGUUCAAGAAGGCCUACGGCGAGUUCUUCCCGCAGGGAGCCAAGACCUCCCCCGACCUCAGUCGCAUCAUUGAUGAUGCUUCGUUCCAGCGAAUCAAGAGGAUGAUCGAUAACACUAAGGGCAAGAUCCUUCUGGGAGGAACGAUGGAUGAGAAGGAGCGCUUCAUCGAGCCAACACUCAUUCAGAUCGAUUCGGUCGAUGACUCCCUGGUCGCCGAGGAGAGUUUUGGUCCCUUGUUGACCAUUCUCCCCGUCGACAGCAUCGAUGAGGCGAUCGAGAUCGCCAACGGCGUGCAGUCCACGCCUUUGGCUCUCUACCCAUUCGGCACCAAGGCCGAAGCCGAGAAGAUUCUCUCCAAGACCCGCUCCGGAGGUGUCUCCAUCAACGACGCCGCUCUGCACAUCCCCACUCUCGAAUUCGGCGGUGUGGGCGAGAGUGGCAGCGGCUCCUACCGUGGCAAGGCCAGUUUCGACGUCUUCGUGCACCGCCGCACCAUCACCACCAGCCCGGGCUGGAUCGAAUCUGCGCUGGCCAUCCGCUACCCACCCUUCGGCAAGAAGCAGGAAUACUUCAUCAAGGCUGGUAGCCUGACGCCGGAUUUCGAUCGCGACGGACAAAAGCUGCGACUUGGCUGGCUCCGCUACCUCUUCACUCUCGGCGGUGGAUCCGUCAAGUCCGGGGUUACUCGUGCCACCAUUGUUGCUGCGGUGGCAUACCUCGCACUCCAGCUCCUCGACCGCCGAGGUUCCAAGCUAUGAAUCAAUUUCCUCCCCGGUGAUUGUCAAAGUUACAGUCCAAUGUUUAUCUACUGAUCUUUUCUUGGUAUGGUUUUGGUGUCUUAUCGGGGUGGAUUCUUUUCUGAUAUUCGAAAUUUCUUUGGAUUUUCUGAUCUGGCGCCGUUUUUCUUUUUGCUUUGGUUUGUGCUUUAGGGUGUGGUCCUAUGUUUAUGAUUAUGUAUACUAUAAUUUGUAACCCGACGGAAUGAGGGGUUGUGUUCUUUGCUGGAAAGGGGAUUAUAUUCCAUUUAGUGGUGGGAGUAGCUAGCAGGCUAGCUAGCCGGUGCGACAAAUUUGAAGCAUGAUCAUGAUUACUAUCAG